CAUCUGCGCCUUUGUAGUAACCUCAGAUGAGAUAUGAAAGUCAUAAUUGUGUUUCUACUUACUACAUUUGUAGGUCUGGGUUGGUGUUCAGAUUUCCCCGGGGUUAAAACUUCAGAGAAAUUUGACAAUGAUCUGAGUCUUGAUACCAACGGAAAUUAUUUGUUGUUCUGGAACUUCAAUGACUCGCACGUGACAUUUGAAGUGCAUGUACGAACUAAAGGAUGGGUUGGAUUUGGCCUGUCAGAUAAUGGGAACAUGUUUCCUGGAGAUGUAGCCGUAGGCUGGGUUACCGACGAUGGCACUGUUCAUUUUUCUGACCGUCACACGGUAGGACACAAGAUGCCAGGUAUGGACAAGUCACAGGACUGGGAGCUACUGUUCGGCGAGGAAAACGAGUUCGGUACAACCCUCAAGUUUGUCAGAAAGAUUAACACGUGUGACGAUGCUGAGGACAAAGUCAUACCAGAAGAGACAGUUCGUCUGAUCUAUGCUUACGGUCAGAAUGAUCCUAGCGACGACAACUCUAUAACUUAUCAUGGUAUCACUCGAGGGACAAAGAGUGCGUCACUUCUAAAUCCUACCAAGACCGAUGUUAAACUUCCUGAUGAUGUCAAGUAUUUCGAUUUCCUCAAUGGUAACUUUCUAGUACCAUCAGAUAAGACGACAUACAAUUGCAAAGGUUUCAAGCUGCCACCAAUAGGAAAACAUCAUAUGAUUAAGUAUGAACCAGUCAUAACACCCGGGAACGAGUUACAUGUGCAUCAUAUGAUUCUAUACCGAUGCAGUAUAAAAGACCCUGAUUAUUGGGAUGGAAAAUCUAGCUCGUGCUACAAGGCCAGAACUCUACCACAGUGCCCGAUUGUAACUGUUGCUUAUGCAGUAGGAGGAGGGCCAUAUUACUUGCCCGAUCACGUUGGUUUUCCGAUCGGUGGACCGGAUGAAGAAACUUUCUUUUUACUGGAGACGCACUACGACAAUCCCACCCAAAAAGCACAUUUGAUAGAUAAUUCUGGUAUGCGUUUAACACUUACAUCAAAUCUACGUCAGCACGAAGCCGGUAUGUUACUGCUGGGCUCGAUGGCCGACGAAUCACAAGUUAUACCCCCAGGACUAAACAACUACUUAUUCAAGUCGUAUUGUACAGAGGAUUGUGUGAAUAAGGCAUUCACUCAUAGCAACAUGUCAGAGAUUAAAGCUAUUGGUGUAAUGCAGCAUGCACACUUACUUGGCGCGGCAAUAGAAACAAGACACUUUAGAAAUGGAAAAGAGAUCAAACCUUUGUUCACGGAUCCCAAUUAUGACUUCGACUUCCAACAAACUCGAGCACUACCAAAAGAAGUUUCAAUCUAUCCGGGUGAUAGUUUCCAGGUAGAUUGUACAUACGAUUCGACAGACAAAAACUCAACAACGUUUGGUGGACUCACGACUCGGGACGAAAUGUGUUAUUCAUUUGUGUUCUAUUAUCCCAAGAUGGAGUUAGGAACAUGUAUUUCACGUCCUAAAUUGGACAACUUCCCGUUUGACACAACGAAUAAACAUCAUGCAUUCGGGACAUACGAUUGGACAAACAAUUUAGAUUACUUUAUGUCUCAUGCUUUUAAUGGUACUUUCGAACAGUACUGCUUCGGACCGAAACUACCGGUACAGUGGCCAUUCCCAACUUUCAUACCUCCCGAACCAGUACAGAAAUACGUUCCGCCACCUACAGACUGCUCCUCUCCUUACAUGCCUGACGAACCUCAUUUGGCCGCCCGUAGCAUAUAUAUACGCACUCGAUUAACAGACCAUCAAGACCUUACGAUGAAGUUGGAAGCGAUUUUGGUCCUUUUAGCUACUGUCCAAGCGGUUUGGUGUUCGAACAUUGCUGGAGUAAAGACAUCAGAAAAAUUUGACCACUCUGUGCUUUUAGAUACAGAUGGAAACUACAUACUUUUCUGGAACUUCAAUGAUACGCAUGUGACUUUCGAGGUACACGUGCGCACUAAAGGAUGGGUAGGCUUUGGAUUCUCAAACAAUGGUAAUAUGUAUCCAGGUGAUGUAGUAGUCGGAUGGGUCAAAGAUGACGGAAAAAUCCACUUUUCCGAUCGUCACACAGUCGGUCACAGAAUGCCAGUGAUGGACAAGUCUCAGGACUGGAAGUUACUUUUUGGAGAAGAAAAUGAGUUCGGUACGGUACUCAAGUUUAUAAGAAAGAAAAAUACGUGUGAUGAUGCCGAGGAUGAAAUUAUUCAGGAGGGUACAAAUCGAAUUAUAUUUGCUUACGGGGAGCAUGACCCUGCCGAUGACAACUCGAUAAAUUACCACGGAACCACCAGGGGUACAAAGAGUGUGGCAUUACUCAGCCCGAACCCUGUGAACGACAACCUUCCAGCUGACAGCAGACACUUCGAUUUCUUAAACGGAAAUUACCUGGUGCCAUCAGAUACGACGACCUACUGGUGUAGAGGAUUUAAGAUGCCACCAAUUGGAAAACAUCAUAUGAUCAAGUAUGAAGCUGUUGUGACGCCAGGGAAUGAACUGAAUGUUCAUCAUAUUGUAUUAUACCGAUGUAAGAUUGACAAACCCGACUACUGGAAUGGCAAAGCGGGCAUUUGCUAUUACCAGAAUAGAACUCUUCCAGAAUGUCAAAACAUCGUCAUUGCAUGGGCAAUAGGCGGAGGGCCAUUUUAUUUCCCCGAUCACGUGGGAUUUUCUAUUGGCGGACCGGACGAUGAUGAUUUCUACAUCAUGGAGACGCAUUAUGAUAAUCCUACCCGGAAGUCGGACAUGAUCGAUGAUUCUGGAAUCCGAAUAACUAUAACACCAACACUGCGUCAGCACGAGGCCGGCAUGUUGGAAUUAGGUCACCUGGUCAGCUACUUCCAAGUGAUACCGCCGGGACUAAAUAACUUUGUAUCGAAAUCAUACUGCAGUUCCCAGUGUUUAUCUCAGGGUUUUACUCAGAGCAACCUGACAGAAAUUAAGGUUAUUGGUGCGCUUCAACAUUCUCAUUUACUUGGGGUUGCUAUAACAACAAGACAUUACAGAAAUGGAGUUGAGAUUCAACCGCUCAUGACUGACCCGCAUUAUGAUUUCGACUUCCAAGAAGUCCGAAUGUUGCCGAAGGAAGUUCCCGUAUACCCGGGUGAUAGUUUCCAAGUUGACUGCACUUACGACUCAAGUGGUCGCACAAAUGUAGCCACGGGCGGUUUGUCUACCCGAGAAGAAAUGUGUUUAACGUUCGCAUACUACUAUCCGAAAAUGAAAGUUGAAAACUGCGUCUCUCAGCCAAUCUAUGAUAAUUUUCCAUUCAGUUAUCAAGAGUUAAAACAUGUCAUUGACACUGUUGACUGGCAAAACAAGACGGUGGUUGACUUCUUUGUGUCUCACAUCGACAAGAGUCAGGUGUAUGAAGUAUGUGAUGGACCGCAUCUUCAGCCACACCAGCCUCACAUGUAUCAGCCAACUGAGCCAGCGCACCCGUAUGUUCCUCCACCACCAGACUGCUCGUAAUUUUCGUGCAUAAAAAGCAAAACGUUUAACCACAUAUUUUGUCUUAUUGUCAGAUGAACUUCAUACAUUCAUAUAAAACUUUAGAAAUUUUGAA